AUGCCUGGCCUCGAUUACUUCUCCAACAGCAAGGAUGUUGCCUCCACCAAGAGCACAUCAACAGACACCGUUGUGGAAACAGCACCUGGUGUAUACUACAAUGCACGACUGGAUCCAAAAAACUUCCUGGAAGGGCCUCUGUCUUUGAACCCUGCCACUCGUCUCCGACAGAUGCUUGCUAGGCCUGGUAUUGUAGUCGCCCCAGGUAUAUGCGAUGGUAUUAGUGCUCGAUGCGCCCUCGAAGCCGGAUUUAACUGCAUGUAUCAGAGUGGCGCUGCCACAACCGCUUCUCGCCUCGGACAACCUGACCUUGCCAUUGCUACUAUGAACGAUUUCGUUCAGGCUGCUCAAAUGGUAUGCAGCUUGGACCCAACGGUGCCUGUUAUUGCCGAUGCAGAUACAGGAUUCGGCGGUCCCAUAAAUGUAGCUCGUACUGUGAGACAGUAUGUGAAGGCUGGUGUGGCCGCCAUGCAUAUCGAGGACCAAGUCCAAACCAAACGAUGCGGUCACUUGAUGGGAAAACAGGUUGUUUCUCGUGAGGAAUUCUUAACUAGAAUCAGGGCGGCGGUUAUUGCUCGUGAUUCGAUACCUGGAGGCUCCGACUUCGUUAUCAUUGGUAGAACGGACUCUGCCCAGGUCCUUGGCAUGGAGGAGGCUAUUACGCGUCUUAAACUCGCAGCUGAUGCUGGUGCCGACGUGUGUUUCAUCGAAGGCGUUAAAACAGAAGAAUUACUUCGAUCUACUGUCGCCGCCCUUGCACCAAAACCUGUGCUGGUAAACGUUAUUUCUGGUGGCCUCACACCUUCUUUUACGAGCCAAGAAGCCGAAACUAUGGGUGCUAAAAUCAUUAUCUUCUCAUUAGUUUCGUCUGUGGCUAUGGUGCACGCCGUGAGGGCUGCAAUGAGGUCACUGAAGAAGACGGGGACAGAUUUCACAUCCGCGCAGGGAAUGGACCCAAAAUCCUUUUUCGAGGUCAUGGGCCUUAACGAGGUCAUUGAAUUGGACGCAAAAGCCGGUGGCUCAGCAUUCCAGGUUGUUUAG